CGUGACUUCCAGCCAGCCGCACUGAGCGUCGGGCGUCUAAACGAGCAUCUCCUGAAACAGGACUCAAAAUAUCAUUGGGUCAACCCAAAAGUUCAAUGUGGGAAACUUCCACACAUCGUAAAGACUCUACAUUAACGUGACACCCCCCUUCGCCCCCUUUUCUUUAGACGACAAAUCGACGAUUCUUUUUACCGUCACCGCCCGGCGCGUACUCUCAUACGAUUUUUAUUUCAACAAGUUUACCGUACUCUAAUCCUCGCCGUUACCACCGCAUAGUAUUCUAUUUUGACUACUAUCCCCCUCGUUCUUUAUCCUCUCGACGUGACGGUCGUUAGAUUAAGCAAUUAUGUCUAAUCUAUUUUCUGGAAUAAACGCUCGAUUGAGAGGGACUUCGACCAAAGCUCCAGGUCAGAACAAGAGCCCCAUUACAACCAGCAACGGCCAACCCAAUUCUCCCACCAACCUGUCUCAAGGAAGCCAAUCAUCCUCAAGUCUAGCACCAAAGAUACCUCCACUUCCAAGCUCACCAUCCCUAGCCCAGAAUAUCGGAAUGGAUGACGCCGGCAACGCGGAUGCCGCCGGAGGCGAUGACAUCUUCGAUGCUUAUCGCCUACCUCGACCGCUUCCGCUCUGGCUCAAUGCGCAAUACGCCAAGCACAUCGUGAAGGGCAACUUCAUGACCCUCAGCGCCCGCCCGAAGACCGUGGAACAAGGUGAAUGGAUUGCUCAUCAAGUGGUCGAACACUACCGCAACCUGUGGAACUUCGUACGAGUGAUCCACGAGAAGGAAGACGAUGGUACCACGAUCUGCAAUCCUCAGACAUGCCCGCGCAUGUCCGCUGGAACAAACCACUCAUUCACAUGGCUUAACUUUCGACGAGAGCCCGUCGAGUUGCCGGCCUAUGAGUACAUCACGCUUAUGCAGCGCUGGAUCUCAGGCAAGAUUGAUGAUACAAACAUCUUCCCUACCGAUACCAAUGGUGUUUCCUACUCCCAUAAUCCGUCGAUCACUACCACGCCCCUCUCGCAACUAACGAAUCCCGAGGACAAGGACUGGGUCGGUAAUUCUAGCGGAUUCCCUGAGAACUUCGUGGAAGUGUGUCAGACAAUCUUUCGCCAGAUGUUCCGAGUGUAUGCCCACCUGUACUGGGCACACUUCAUCGAUCCCUUCUACCACCUGAACCUCGAGAAGCAGCUCAACAGCUGUUUCAGUCACUUCGUGUUGACAGCUUGUGCACUAGACAUGCUCAAGCCGCAAGAAUUAGAGCCCAUGCAGCCUCUGAUCGAUCUCUGGGCUGCCAAUGGCACUUUCCCGCCCGGCUCGAAAGCAUACGAAUAUUCCAACCACCGCGCUGGAGAACGACUGAUGCAGCUUGCGAACGUCGCAUAGAAGGUGCAUAUCUAGUCGCGCAGCAAUGAUACCCACAUAGGAUUAGUAUGGUUGAGACAUACGUCCUGACUCGCGGAAACACCAAAGAACGAGAACAUAAUAGCAUUUGAUCAUUCGCCUUCAGCACGGAAAUGCAUAUCGAGAGAGUCAAUAAGCAGGCACAAAACGGCGUUUACGUUGACAUUUAUUUUCCAUGGGAAAGAUUCACAUUCAGAGAAGUACGACUUCUGGCUUUUGCUUUGGCAAGUUAAUUACGUUCGUUCGUAUUCAACGGCGUCUGAAUUUCCAUUGAUACGACACGACACGAUAUCAUGCGAGUUUAUCUCGAGAUUUCCCAUAGCAAUGAAUGGCAGAUGAGCUAAACUGCAUAACAAA